AGAACAAAGUAUCAUCAUUCACAGGCUCCCGGCCCUUCAAGGCUUCAAGAAUUACCGUUCGAUCCCUAGUACUUGAAAUGAUCUUUUCAUAGUAAUAACACUGUGAUAAUAUAACCAUGGAUCACGCCGAUCCGUUCCUCCAUGUUCAAGCAGACGUCCUUGCGACGCUGCAAACAACAAGGCCUCUCUUCUCAUCAUAUCUACGUAUCAGGUCUCUCGCCAAAUCCCCGUCUAACCCCGAGCUUCAGCAAGCACGAUCGGAGCUGGAGACGACGCUGACCGAACUCACUGCGGACUUGGAUGAUCUUGUUGAGAGUGUCCGUGCGAUCGAACAAGAUCCCUACCGGUAUGGCUUGGAGUUGGAAGAAGUUCAGCGCCGGCGAAAGUUGGUGGAAGAUGUCGGUGGAGAGAUUGAGCAAAUGAGAGAGGAGUUGCAAAAAGCCGUUAGUUCUGCGGCACCUGGCAAUGCUACUGGCAAUUCGUCUUCGGGGCUACCCAAUCCAGCGGACUUUGAUAAUGUCCUCUCCCCGUCGGCAGAUGAUAGAGGGGAUGAUUACUAUGCCGCUCUCGAACAGCAACGGCAGAUGGAACUAAUGCACGAGCAAGACGAACAGUUAGAUGGCGUCUUUCGCACUGUUGGCAACUUGCGGCAACAGGCCGACGAUAUGGGGAGGGAAUUAGAGGAGCAAGCGGUCAUGAUAGGAGAGGUUGAUACAUUAGCCGACCGAGUAGGGGGCAAGUUACAAAGUGGAAUGUCCAAGAUUAAAUAUAUCGUGAGAAAGAACGAAGAUACAAUGUCCUCGUUUUGCAUUGCCGUUCUCAUUUUCGUGCUUGUCCUAUUAUUAAUCCUGCUCAUCGCCCUGUAAGAAACCAAGCAAAAAAAGUUCAAAAUACAAAUCGUCAUGCGAAUCGGUCGGUCGAAAAGAAGAUUUCACAGGCUUACACCUUGGUCUUCUUCUUGGGGCGUAUGU